AUGGAGCAAAAUACUACACUCAAGCCAUAUAGUGAGCCGAACCCACUUAACAGUACUAGCUUAUGCCUGCUGUCCUUGGAUGGCGGCGGCGUGCAAGGCCUCUCAUCACUGUACAUCCUGAAGAGCAUCGUGGACGGAUUAAACCAUGUGUGGGAGCAGAUGAAUCUCCCUCCAGUGAAGCCAUGCGAAGUGUUCAACCUUAUCAGGGGUACAGGUACUAGGGGGCAAGUGGAUGACCUCAUUGCGAUCAUGCUGGGCCGCCUAGGGAUGGAUGUUGGUAAGUGUAUAGACACAUACAGUGACCUUACUGCAACAGUGUUUGGCGAGAAGCUGAGGUCAAUCCCUGUCAACUUUAAGGGCAAAGUCACGGUCCGAUUCGACUCAGCAAAGCUGGCGAGCGCAAUCAAAAAGGUGGUCGAGCACAGCGGAGCAUCCAAACAGGACCUUUUUAACAACAGCAUUGAUCACAGAUGCAGAACCUUCAUUUGCACCAGCAACCAUCACACAAAGGACAGCAUCUCUCACGAGCCAAAUAUCCAUGUGAUGAUUUGCCAAGCCGCCCUCGCGACAUCUGCCACCACAACCUUUUUCGAACCUAUCACCAUUGGAGACCGCUCAUUUGCUGAUGGCGGUCUAGGCGCGAACAAUCCGGUAGACAAGGUAGAGGGCGAGGCGUCAAAUAUAUGGUGCUUUAAGACAGGAGAUCUAAAGCCGCUGGUCAAGUGCUUCAUCUCAAUUGGCACAGGGAACCCCGGCAAGAAGCCUUUAGAAACGACAGACGCCAACCACAGCCUCACUCUCACAGUUGCACAACUUCUGGAAACAGAACGUAUAAACGCCGAAGCAGAAAAUGAAGACCUUAGACAUCAGAUCCAUGCGCUUUUGGACAGGUCGAAGCAGCGGCGACUGAGUAGUCUUAAGGAAAGAUGUGACGCUCUACAUGCUGAGGUCGUGGCUUCUGACGAGUCCGUCCAACGGGCUGCGGUUCAAUACCACCAACACCUUGAUCAAUGGAACGCGAGGAAUGAAAACUUCACUCAAGAUAUGGCUCUUUUGAAGAACAACAUCAAGAUAAGGAUGGAGACAGACCAAGAGGUAAGAUACCUGUACAUCUGUCAAUGGCUUGACUAAUCAAAAUAGACUUUGAAUCAGCGAAAUUCCUCAGUACAGCAAGACAUGGAACGGGUAGACCAGAAACUGCGAUAUUGGGUGGAAGGUCAAAUGCAAGACAUGACUGAACAAGCGGGAGCCUUGGAUAACUUUAUUACCAUGGCACAGUUAAAGUGUAUUCUUUUGCACUAGGAGCAUGUGGAGGUGUUAAACAAUCUUGCUACAACAGCCCGAAA